AUGUUUUUAAUCAGAAAAAAGACCAAAAAUACCUCCGUCUCUGCCUCUAUCGUCUCAACCUCUACCCCGCCGGCCCCCAAAAUGAAUUCGCCACCCCAGACGACCAAGUCUGCCAAUCGGCUCUCGCGAUUCAACCACCAGCAGACGAUGGGCUCAACCAUGAUCUCACCAUCUUCCCCCGAAUUGACCGGAUACACCUCCAAUCCGGAAGACACCAAGUCUUACCAGUCUUUCUCCUACUCACCAUCCCAGCAACCUCGCUCACCCUCGGCCGUCUCCCCCGGUGGCGCUCUAUCCCAUUCAGCUCGGGGGAUCCGCAAAAGCCGACAGAUACCGACGUUCAACUUGAUGGUCCUCGGCGCCAAAUCAACUGGGAAAUCGACAUUCCUACACACCUUAAUCGGAAGCUUGACGCCUAGCCUACCUACUCAAGAUGACCCACCCACGAUUUCGGUUUCAUCUACCUCAUCUCUAUCAGAAAAACUGACGUCGAUCGUCACCUUAUCGGGCGAGAAAGUGAUGUUCAAUGUGAUCGAUACUCCCGGAUUGGAUAUUCAGUCAAAUGAUGAAUUUCGAGUGGAUUUGCAAAUGAACGAAACCUUGCGAUAUAUCGAAUCGAAAUUCGACGAUUCCUUACAAAUCGAAAGACAGGUACACAGGAACCCAACCAGACUCGGUGACGGACACGUGCAUCUUUCUAUCUACUUCAUUGAUCCUUCCACAAUCGCUUGUCGAGGAGUCUCAAUUGGUUCUGCCGAGAACCACCUCGAUCUGACCGCCACCAAGGGCCAUGAUGGACAAGAGCUACACAUGUCUACAAUCGAUUUACGACAGUUGAAGCGGCUAAGUCGCAGGUGCAACGUGUUGCCUGUCAUCGGGCGGGCGGAUGAAUUGACUGAAGCCCAGCUCAUUAACAUCAAGAAUGUGGUCCAAGCCGACAUGAAAUCUUAUGGUAUUGAUCUAGGCCUCUUUGCUGUUAGCGAGUCUGAAUCGGACCAAGAAGGCACCUCUUCCGAGCAUCCCGAAGUGACUACGGCCUCGUCAAAUUCUUGCAAAAGUAACGAGGAGGACGAAGCACGCAAAAAACUACCUCGUCGCAAGUCGGCCGCCCUCCUCACGCCACGUCGGCCAUACUCAAGCGUCAUGGAUACCUUACAAGAGCUGGAUGGUGUCUGCGGCAUGAUCCCCUUGAGCGUUAUCGGAGCCGAAACGCUCCCCGGAAAAUCGAUGGAUGCCGAUGAUCUGGAGCGAUUGAACCAACUCAACCCGCUGUUCAGCAUAACAGGCGCGGAAGAACCUUCUUCGAUCUACGUCCGUCGCUUCAAGUGGGCCACUGUGGAUGUCUUGAAUCCCAGACAUUGCGAUUUUGUUCUUCUUAGAGCUGUCAUUCUUGGCAGUCACUUGAAGAGAUUGAAAGAAGCCACUCGAUUGGAGAAAUAUGAGAAAUAUAGAACAGAGAAGCUGCUUGCUCGGAGGAUUACGAUGAACAAGGGGGCGCUGGGAAUUGAGGAGCAGAGGAAGAUAGUGAUAGAAGUGGAGAAGAUGGAGAUCCCACAUAUCGAGCCCGCCGUCUCGAUCUUCGUCCCGUCCAGCGGCACCACCAGGCCGCCGUCGACCUCGGCCAAUAUCUUCAAGCCCUCUGGCUGGCGCAAGAAGCAGUCGUCUCCCCCGGGGCCCGCCGUCCAGCAACCCACCGGCUACCCAUCUCCCACCAACACCGAAACCUACCGCUCCUCACGCCAUCCCUCCCGCUCGCCUCAUACUGAGAACGCUAACAAUUUGCCCAUGGUCUUCUGA